CCGUCGAAGCGAUGACCACCACUCAGAUUUCGGAGAUUGAGCAAGAACAGCUUAUCGAGAAGCUUGAGAUCUUCAAGAUCCAUGGCAGAGACAAACGUGGCCGUAAGAUCCUUCGGAUCAUCGGCAAAUUCUUUCCAGCUCGAUUUCUGUCACUGGAUGUGUUAAACAAGUAUCUAGAGGAGAAGAUCUUUCCUCGACUAGGGAGAAAACCGUUCGCCGUGCUCUACGUUCACACCGGCGUGCAGAGGAGCGAGAAUUUCCCGGGAAUCUCAGCUCUACGAGCAAUCUACGACGCGAUUCCCGUUAACGUCAGAGACAAUCUCCAGGAGGUUUACUUCCUCCACCCAGGUCUCCAGUCACGUCUCUUCCUCGCCACUUGCGGCCGAUUCCUCUUCUCCGGAGGGUUGUACGGGAAGCUAAGGUACAUAAGCAGAGUUGACUACUUGUGGGAACACGUGAGGAGGAACGAGAUAGAGAUGCCGGAGUUUGUGUACGACCACGACGACGAUCUAGAGUACCGUCCGAUGAUGGAUUACGGUCAAGAGAGCGAUCACGCUAGGGUUUACGCCGGAGCAGCCGCCGUAGAUUCAUCAGUCUCCAGUUUCUCCAUGAGGUGUAUCUCUUAGCGUAUUAAAAAAAAAAUACACCCACCAGAUCUCCGAUCGUAUCUUAUAAAAACCAUAUAAUAUACGAUUAAAAUAUCAAAAAGUCACGAUAGAUGUGCUUCUCGCAGCCAGUGAGCGUUUUUUACGGAAAAAAAAAGAAAGCUGUUGGCGUUUGGAUAAGGAAAGGUUGAGAAUCUUUAGAUUUUUUUUCUUAGACCUGUUCUUUUCUGUUUUUAAUGUUUCUCUGUGGAAAUUUGUAGAUCUUUUCUUUAGUGGUAGUAGUGGGUGUGAGUUUGAUGUCGAAAAUCUUGUGUAUAUGUUAAUAUAAAAAAUAUUAGUGUAA